GGGACGCGUGGGAUGGCGCUUCGUGUAACGUGCGGGUGCAGCGGACUGGAGCGCUCGAGAGGGCUGCGUUCAUCGUCGCAGAGAGGCCCAAAAACACGGGACGGGGACUUGUUUGAGCUGCCCGACGAGCCCUUUUGGCGGUUUGGCUGCCUGACGACCGCUGGGCAUCUCGAGAGCUUAGUUCUCCACACACCACCAUGACGCGCGCCGACGACGUCGUAAGACGACGACGAUUUCAUGGAGACGACCUUUUACCAUUACUCAUCCCCGCGAUAGCCCUACUCACGACGACAACCAGAAGGAGGGACCCGAUCAUAAAUUACGACGCCUGGCACACCUGCGUUCUGGAAGGAUGCGCCUCCCCAAUGCAAGCGAACGAGGCCCACUCCUUCCCCUACCUGGCGACCCUCGUCUCGGUCCUCUUCCUGGGCGGCAUCAUGCUCGCGUGGCAGGCCAUCGCGCAGGAGGGCCAGAGCACGCUCAUGGGGAUUCGGGUCAAGCCGGGGCCGGGGGGCGGCGGCUAAGGAUCAUAGGAGACCUGUCGGGUC